CCUCGGUGCGAGCGCCGCCAUUUUAAGCCUCUCACUCGGCCCGGCGCUGGGAGCGGCAGUGGCGUGAGGGGCGAGGGGACUCGGCAACGCCGCCGCCCCGUACGGUCGCCACCCGGGGGGCAGCGAGAAGCCGAGGAAGGAGAAGGAGGAAGGAGCUGGGAAGGAGGAAAACAAAAAAAAAAACACGGCCCCGACUGGGAUCGCCCGGGCAGCAGCCGGAGCCCGCGGGCAGCCAGCGCUGUCGCCUCGCCGCCACGGUCUCUGAAAGGUAGCAGGAAAGAGUUCUGGGAGCACAGCAAGGAACAUGGCAACCCAAGCUGACUUGAUGGAGCUGGAUAUGGCAAUGGAGCCAGACAGAAAAGCAGCAGUCAGUCAUUGGCAGCAACAAUCAUAUCUGGACUCUGGUAUCCAUUCUGGUGCCACAACAACUGCUCCCUCUUUGAGUGGCAAAGGAAAUCCUGAAGAGGAAGAUGUGGACACAACACAAGUCCUGUACGAGUGGGAACAGGGGUUCUCUCAGUCCUUUACCCAAGAGCAAGUUGCUGAUAUUGAUGGCCAGUAUGCAAUGACUAGAGCCCAGAGAGUGCGUGCAGCUAUGUUCCCUGAAACACUGGAUGAAGGAAUGCAAAUCCCAUCCACGCAAUUUGAUGCUGCUCAUCCAACUAAUGUGCAGCGCCUGGCUGAGCCAUCCCAGAUGUUAAAACAUGCUGUUGUUAAUUUGAUAAACUACCAGGAUGAUGCUGAACUUGCAACUCGUGCAAUCCCAGAACUGACCAAACUGUUGAAUGAUGAGGACCAGGUGGUCGUGAACAAGGCUGCCGUUAUGGUUCAUCAGUUAUCCAAAAAGGAAGCGUCUCGCCAUGCUAUUAUGAGGUCUCCUCAAAUGGUAUCUGCUAUCGUACGUACCAUGCAAAAUACAAAUGACGUGGAAACAGCCCGUUGUACUGCAGGUACACUACACAACCUCUCACAUCACCGUGAAGGCUUGUUGGCGAUCUUCAAAUCAGGAGGCAUCCCUGCUUUGGUUAAAAUGCUUGGGUCUCCAGUGGACUCUGUGCUGUUCUAUGCCAUUACAACUCUUCACAAUCUCCUGUUACAUCAGGAAGGAGCCAAAAUGGCUGUCCGUCUAGCUGGUGGGCUGCAGAAAAUGGUUGCCUUGCUCAACAAGACAAACGUUAAAUUCUUGGCCAUCACAACAGACUGCCUUCAGAUUUUAGCCUAUGGCAAUCAAGAAAGUAAGCUGAUUAUUCUGGCAAGUGGUGGACCCCAGGCUCUAGUAAACAUAAUGAGGACCUAUACUUAUGAGAAACUAUUGUGGACCACAAGUAGGGUGCUGAAGGUGUUGUCAGUCUGCUCCAGCAACAAACCUGCUAUUGUUGAGGCUGGUGGGAUGCAGGCUCUGGGACUCCACCUUACAGAUCCAAGCCAGCGUCUUGUCCAGAACUGUCUCUGGACUCUGAGAAAUCUGUCAGAUGCUGCAACCAAGCAGGAGGGAAUGGAAGGCCUUCUAGGAACUCUUGUUCAGCUUUUAGGAUCGGAUGACAUUAAUGUUGUGACUUGUGCUGCUGGCAUCCUUUCUAACCUUACUUGCAACAAUUACAAGAACAAGAUGAUGGUGUGCCAGGUUGGUGGCAUUGAGGCUCUUGUGCGCACAGUUCUUCGGGCUGGAGACAGGGAAGACAUCACAGAACCUGCGAUUUGUGCGCUCCGUCACCUCACCAGCAGACACCAAGAGGCUGAGAUGGCUCAAAAUGCUGUGCGUCUCCAUUAUGGACUCCCAGUGGUGGUUAAACUGUUGCACCCGCCCUCACACUGGCCUUUGAUCAAGGCUACUGUUGGUUUGAUCCGCAAUCUUGCGCUCUGUCCUGCAAACCAUGCCCCGCUGCGCGAACAAGGUGCUAUUCCAAGGCUAGUUCAGUUGCUGGUGAGAGCACAUCAGGACACCCAGCGACGUACUUCCAUGGGUGGAACGCAACAGCAGUUUGUGGAGGGUGUGCGCAUGGAAGAAAUUGUUGAGGGCUGCACUGGAGCCCUGCAUAUUCUUGCACGUGAUGUUCAUAAUCGAAUUGUAAUCAGGGGUCUAAAUACCAUUCCACUAUUUGUGCAGUUGUUGUACUCUCCCAUUGAGAAUAUCCAGAGAGUAGCUGCAGGUGUGCUUUGUGAACUUGCUCAAGACAAGGAAGCAGCUGAAGCAAUUGAAGCUGAAGGUGCCACUGCCCCUUUAACAGAACUGCUUCAUUCUAGGAAUGAGGGUGUUGCAACAUAUGCAGCUGCAGUGCUGUUCAGAAUGUCUGAGGACAAACCACAAGACUACAAGAAGCGACUUUCGGUGGAAUUGACAAGUUCCCUGUUCCGGACUGAGCCAAUGGCUUGGAACGAGACAGCAGAUCUUGGACUUGAUAUUGGUGCCCAGGGAGAACCUCUUGGAUACCGCCCAGACGCUGUAUCAUCUGAAUGAACUUGCAUUGAUUGGCCUGUAGAGUUGCUGAGAGGGCUCGAGGGGUGGGCUAGUAUCUCAGAAAGUGCCUGACACACUAACCAAGCUGAGUUUCCUAUGGGAACAAUUGAAGUAAACUUUUUGUUCUGGUCCUUUUUGGUCGAGGAGUAAUAAUACAAAUGGAUUUUGGGAGUGAUUCAAGAAACGAGGAAUGCACACGAAUGAAUUGCAAGAUGGAAUUUAUCAAACCCUAGCCUUGCUUGUUAAAAAUUUAUUAUUUUUUUUAAAUCUCUGUAAUGGUACUGACCUUGCUUGCUUUGAAAGUAGCCUUUCUUUUCGCAGUAAUUGUUGUUAGUUUUUUUUUUUUUUAAGUCUCUCGUAGUAUUAAGUUAUAGUGAAUAUGCUACAGCAGUUUCUAAUUUUUAAGGAUUGAGUAAAGGUGUAGAACACUAAUUCAUAAUCGCUCUAACUGUAUUCUGAAUAAAGUGUAACAUUGUGUAGCCUUUUUGUAUAAAAAACUAGACAAAUAGAAAUGGUCCAAUUAGUUUCCUUUUUAAUAUGCUUAAAAUAAGCAGGUGGAUCUAUUUCAUGUUUUUGAUCAAAAACUUUAUCUGGGAUAUGUCUGGGUAGGGGCCAGUAAGAACUGUUUAUUUGGAACCUUGUAUUGGACAGUUUACCAGUUGCCUUUUAUCCCAAAGUUAUUGUAGCCUGCUGUGAUACAGAUGCUUCAUGAGAAAAAUGCAGUUAUAAAAUGGUUCAAAAUUAAAGUAAACUUUUAAUUCA